GUGGGGAAAACCCUUGCCCAUAUAAAAAGUCCGCCCGCCUCACAACCAACGACGACCGGAUCUUGCGCAUCGGCCUGCAACAGCUCCCAGCCACAUACAGAAAAAACACAAUUGGAAAGCCAAGAUGAAGAGAAAAGCCGAGACGCAAGGGCGCGCCAAAAAGCCCCUGAAGAAGAAGACCAAGAUAGAGCUCACCGAAGACGAGGCCAAGCAGCGGUUCCGCAAAGGACUUUUCGAGAAGAGCGUCAGGGACAAGUACGCCAGCCAGUACCGAACCUCGACGCCAUACAAGCACAGCGUGAUCCACGAGCUCGUCGACGACAAGCUGCUGCGCUCCGUGCGCGCCGAGAUCCGCGACAAUGUCUCCUUCACCCCCAAGGAGACCGACAUCUACAAGAUCCACCAGUCGGGCGACCUCGCCAACCUGGACGGCCUCGACGACUCCGCCCUGGCCAAGCUGCCGUCGCUGCUGGCCCUCCGCGACGCCAUCUACUCGGACACGUUCCGCGCAUACGUCUCCCACGUCACCGGCUGCGGCGCCCUGAGCGGCCGCAAGACCGACAUGGCCAUCAACGUCUACACCCCGGGCUGCUACCUACUGUGCCACGACGACGUCAUCGGCAGCCGCCGCGUCAGCUACAUCCUGUACCUGACCGACCCGGACAUGCCCUGGAAGCCCGAGUGGGGCGGCGCCCUGCGCCUGUUCCCCGUCACGGAGCGCAAGGGGGAGGGCGGCGCCGUCGCCAAGACGGUCGAGCCCGACGUCGUCAAGGUCAUCCCGCCGGCCUGGAACCAGCUCAGCUUCUUCGCCGUCCAGCCGGGCGAGAGCUUCCACGACGUCGAGGAGGUCUACCGCCCGGACACCAAGGAGGAGCUCGCGAGCCAGGGCGGCCGCGUGCGCAUGGCCAUCAGCGGCUGGUUCCACAUCCCGCAGGUCGGCGAGGAGGGCUACGUCAAGGGCGCCGAGGAGGCCCAGGUCAAGAACAGCGGGCUGAUGCAGCUGCAGGGCGACCCGGACCAGCACGACCUGCCCCGCGACGAGCCCGUGCCUGUCGGGGAGGGCGACUCGCAGGACCUGCUCGAGUUCGACGAGGCCGACCUCGAGUUCCUGCUCAAGUACCUGGCCCCGACCUACCUCACCCCGGACACGCUGGAGCAGGUCUCGGAGCACUUUGAAGAAAACUCCUUCGUCACGCUCACGGACCUGCUGCACCCAAAGUUCGCGGCCAGGCUGCGCGAAUACGUCACCAAGCAGGAGGCGGCGGCCAAGGCGGGCCUUCUGCCGUCCGGCGCGGCCGACAUCGAGGCCAAGACCGCCUGGAAGGUGGCCCGCCCGCCGCACAAGCACCGCUUCCUCUACAUGCAGUCGGGCGUGGCGAAGAGGGGCGAGGAGGAGUCGCCGCUGCGGGAGCUGCUGGACACGCUCCUGCCCAGCAGGCAGUUCCGCGCCUGGCUACAGAUGGCGACGGGGUGCAACAUCAAGUCGCACGCCGCGCUCGCGCGCCGGUUCCGGAGGGGCGAGGACUACACCCUCGCCAUGGGCCACGAAGGGGACGCUCGUCUGGAGCUGAACCUCGGCCUGACCCCAACGUCUGGCUGGGGCGAUGACGAAGACGAGGAGGAUGAUGAGGAGGAAGAGGCCGAGGAGGAGGCCGCUAGUAGUAGCAAGACCUCAAAGGCAAACGGCAAGUCGCCCAAAGACAAGGGUAAAGGGAAGGAGAAGGCCAGGAGCAAAGCUACCGAAAAGGCCAAGGCAAAGGAGAGGGAAAAGAAGAAGGAAGAGCCUAAGGAGGAGGAGGAGGAGGAGGACGUGGGCGGGCACGAGGUGUACAUGGCGGGCGAGGACGACAACGACGAGGACGCGGCCGUGUACAAGUCCGGGACGCCCGACGAGGACAACAUCCUCUUCUUCCAGGCGGCCGCGUGGAACAAGAUGACCAUCGUGCUGCGCGACAGCGGCACGCUGCGCUUCGUCAAGUACGUGAGCAGGAGCGCCAAGGGCGACCGGUGGGACAUAUCGGCCAACUUUGACAUUGAGGAGCAGGACGACGGCGAUGACGACGGUGAUGAGGAGGGGGAGGGCGAGCGUGCUGCGGUCGGCGUCGUGGACGACUCCUCGGAAGAGGAGUUCAAGGGCUUCUCGCCCAGCGAGGAUAGUGAUUCGGACUAGGUGGCCGAGUUGGGAUAUGAUGCUGCCGUUGGGGUUAUAAUGUGAAAUACGACUGUUAUGCCGAUUUUAGCGCUCCUUGCAGUUGUCGGAUUAUUCCCGCUUAGAGUCCUACUCAUGACGACCACCGUGAGAAAUUUGGGCCCCUUGCCCCGGAAAUAUUUUAUUUUACUGUUACUGUGUCUGAA